AUGGUGAUGAGGAAGCUCCAGUUAACCUGGGCCUUCACCUUCUGGUCCGUGCUGAAUGCAUCUCGCGUAACAGUGGGCAAAGAGGGAAGCUCGCUGGAGCGCGGCGAAGCAGGGCACGGCGCCUCAGGAGCAGCGGUACUCGCACUGCCCCCACCGACACUACAGGAAUGGCUGGACACUCUGACGCUGCAACAUGCUCAAGCGAGGGCCGAUGCUGCGAAUGAACUUGGUAACUUGGGCAAAGAGGCUGCAGAGGCCAUUCCCAAGCUCACCCAGCUCUUGCAAGACGAUCGUGAAGUGGCAGGUGACAUGUGUGUUCGAGAUGCUGCAGUCAGAGCCCUUGGACACAUCGGCAGUGCGGCGGCAUCGUCUGUGCCAGAGAUUCUCAAGCAGCUGCGGCGCCGAAGCACCAGCAGCUUUCGGGAACCAGUUGCAUUUGCCUUAGCAAAUAUCGGCCAAGAAGCCCCCGAAGCUGUCUUGCCCAGCGUGCUGGAGGCAUUGCAAGCUUCGGAGUGGUACGUUCGCUGGGUCGCUGCCAGCGCUUGUGGCCUGCUGGGCGAGAAGGCAGCUGCAUUUGUGCCAUGGCUCCGUCAACUUGCCAAAUAUGAUUCCGAGGAGAAGGUUCGCACUGUGGCUUCGCAAAGCUUGAGCGACAUGAGCAAAGUCAUCACUCUGCCAACGCCAAAUAUGACCGACUGGCAGUUGCAACUUGAUAGCACUAGCUCUCAAGCGAGGGCCGAUGCUGCGAAUGAACUUGGUAACUUGGGCAAAGAGGCUGCAGAGGCCAUUCCCAAGCUCACCCAGCUCUUGCAAGACGAUCGUGAAGUGGCAGGUGACAUGUGUGUUCGAGAUGCUGCAGUCAGAGCCCUUGGACACAUCGGCAGUGCGGCGGCAUCGUCUGUGCCAGAGAUUCUCAAGCAGCUGCGGCGCCGAAGCACCAGCAGCUUUCGGGAACCAGUUGCAUUUGCCUUGGCGAAUGUAGGCCAAGAAGCCCCCGAAGCAGUCUUGCCCAGCGUGCUGGAGGCAUUGCAAGCUUCGGAGUGGUACGUUCGCUGGGUCGCUGCCAGCGCUUGUGGCCUGUUGGGCGAGAAGGCAGCUGCAUUUGUGCCAAGGCUACGCCAACUUGCCAAGUACGAUUCCGAGCCGAAGGUUCGCACAGUGGCUUCGCAAAGCUUGAGCGACAUGAGCAAAGUCAUCACUCUGCCAGCGCCAAAACCGGCCGAAUGGCACGAGUAUCUUGAUGGCAGUAGCUCUCAAGCGAGGGCCGAUGCUGCCAAUGAGCUUGGCAAGUUGGCAAAGUUGGGCAAAGAGGGUGCAAAAUUGGUUAAGUUGGGCAAUGAGGCCGCAAAAGCUAUUCCCAAGCUCACCCAGCUAUUGCAAGACGAUCGUGACGUGGCAGGUGACAUGUGUGUUCGAGAUGCUGCAGUCAGAGCCCUUGGACACAUGGGCAGUGCGGCGGCAUCGUCUGUGCCAGAGAUUCUCAAGCAGCUGCGGCGCCGAAGCACCAGCAGCUUUCGGGAACCAGUUGCAUUUGCCUUAGCAAAUAUCGGCCAAGAAGCCCCCGAAGCUGUCUUGCCCAGCGUGCUGGAGGCAUUGCAAGCUUCGGAGUGGUACGUUCGCUGGGUCGCUGCCAGCGCUUGUGGCCUGCUGGGCGAGAAGGCAGCUGCAUUUGUGCCAAGGCUACGCCAACUUGCCAAAUAUGAUUCCGAGGAGAAGGUUCGCACUGUGGCUUCGCAAAGCUUGAGCGACAUGAGCAAAGUCAUCACUCUGCCAACGCCAAAUAUGACCGACUGGCAGUUGCAACUUGAUAGCACUAGCUCUCAAGCGAGGGCCGAUGCUGCGAAUGAACUUGGUAAGUGGGGCAAACAGGCUGCAGAGGCCAUUCCCAAGCUCACCCAGCUCUUGCAAGACGAUCGUGAAGUAGCAGGUGACAUGUGUGUUCGAGAUGCUGCAGUCAGAGCCCUUGGACACAUCGGCAGUGCGGCGGCAUCGUCUGUGCCAGAGAUUCUCAAGCAGCUGCGGCGCCGAAGCACCAGCAGCUUUCGGGAACCAGUUGCAUUUGCCUUGGCGAAUAUGGGCCAACAAGCCCCCGAAGCAGUCUUGCCCAGCCUGCUGGAGGCAUUGCAAGCUUCGGAGUGGUACGUUCGCUGGGUCGCUGCCAGCGCUUGUGGCCUGCUGGGCGAGAAGGCAGCUGCAUUUGUGCCAAGGCUACGCCAACUUGCCAAAUAUGAUUCCGAGGAGAAGGUUCGCACAGUGGCUUCGCAAAGCUUGAGCGACAUGAGCAAAGUCAUCACUCUGCCAAUGCCAAAUAUGGCCGACUGGCAGUUGCAACUUGAUGGCACUAGCUCUCAAGCGAGGGCCGAUGCUGCGAAUGAACUUGGUAAGUGGGGCAAACAGGCUGCAGAGGCCAUUCCCAAGCUCACCCAGCUCUUGCAAGACGAUCGUGAAGUGGCAGGUGAAAUGUGUGUUCGAGAUGCUGCAGUCAGAGCCCUUGGACACAUCGGCAGUGCGGCGGCAUCGUCUGUGCCAGAGAUUCUCAAGCAGCUGCGGCGCCGAAGCACCAGCAGCUUUCGGGAACCAGUUGCAUUUGCCUUGGCGAGUAUGGGCCAACAAGCCCCCGAAGCAGUCUUGCCCAGCGUGCUGGAGGCAUUGCAAGCUUCGGAGUGGUACGUUCGCUGGGUCGCUGCCAGCGCUUGUGGCCUGCUGGGCGAGAAGGCAGCUGGAUUUGUGCCGCAGCUACGCCAACUUGCCAAGUACGAUUCCGAGCCGAAGGUUCGCACUGUGGCGUCGCAGAGCUUGAGCGACAUGAGCAAAGUCAUGACUCUGCCAAUGCCAAAUAUGACCGACUGGCAGUUGCAACUUGAUGGCACUAGCUCUCAAGCGAGGGCCGAUGCUGCGAAUGAACUUGGUAAGUGGGGCAAACAGGCUGCAGAGGCCAUUCCCAAGCUCACCCAGCUAUUGCAAGACGAUCGUGACGUGGCAGGUGACAUGUGUGUUCGAGAUGCUGCAGUCAGAGCCCUUGGACACAUGGGCAGUGCGGCGGCAUCGUCUGUGCCAGAGAUUCUCAAGCAGCUGCGGCGCCGAAGCACCAGCAGCUUUCGGGAACCAGUUGCAUUUGCCUUAGCAAAUAUCGGCCAAGAAGCCCCCGAAGCUGUCUUGCCCAGCGUGCUGGAGGCAUUGCAAGCUUCGGAGUGGUACGUUCGCUGGGUCGCUGCCAGCGCUUGUGGCCUGCUGGGCGAGAAGGCAGCUGCAUUUGUGCCAAGGCUACGCCAACUUGCCAAAUAUGAUUCCGAGGAGAAGGUUCGCACUGUGGCUUCGCAAAGCUUGAGCGACAUGAGCAAAGUCAUCACUCUGCCAAUGCCAAAUAUGACCGACUGGCAGUUGCAACUUGAUGGCACUAGCUCUCAAGCGAGGGCCGAUGCUGCGAAUGAACUUGGUAAGUGGGGCAAACAGGCUGCAGAGGCCAUUCCCAAGCUCACCCAGCUCUUGCAAGACGAUCGUGAAGUGGCAGGUGACAUGUGUGUUCGAGAUGCUGCAGUCAGAGCCCUUGGACACAUCGGCAGUGCGGCGGCAUCGUCUGUGCCAGAGAUUCUCAAGCAGCUGCGGCGCCGAAGCACCAGCAGCUUUCGGGAACCAGUUGCAUUUGCCUUGGCGAAUAUGGGCCAACAAGCCCCCGAAGCAGUCUUGCCCAGCGUGCUGGAGGCAUUGCAAGCUUCGGAGUGGUACGUUCGCUGGGUCGCUGCCAGCGCUUGUGGCCUGCUGGGCGAGAAGGCAGCUGCAUUUGUGCCAUGGCUCCGUCAACUUGCCAAAUAUGAUUCCGAGGAGAAGGUUCGCACUGUGGCUUCGCAAAGCUUGAGCGACAUGAGCAAAGUCAUCACUCUGCCAACGCCAAAUAUGACCGACUGGCAGUUGCAACUUGAUAGCACUAGCUCUCAAGCGAGGGCCGAUGCUGCGAAUGAACUUGGUAACUUGGGCAAAGAGGCUGCAGAGGCCAUUCCCAAGCUCACCCAGCUCUUGCAAGACGAUCGUGAAGUGGCAGGUGACAUGUGUGUUCGAGAUGCUGCAGUCAGAGCCCUUGGACACAUCGGCAGUGCGGCGGCAUCGUCUGUGCCAGAGAUUCUCAAGCAGCUGCGGCGCCGAAGCACCAGCAGCUUUCGGGAACCAGUUGCAUUUGCCUUGGCGAAUAUGGGCCAACAAGCCCCCGAGGCAGUCUUGCCCAGCGUGCUGGAGGCAUUGCAAGCUUCGGAGUGGUACGUUCGCUGGGUCGCUGCCAGCGCUUGUGAUAUGCUGGGCGAGAAGGCAGCUGCAUUUGUGCCGCAGCUACGCCAACUUGCCAAAUAUGAUUCCGAGGAGAAGGUUCGCACAGUGGCUUCGCAAAGCUUGAGCGACAUGAGCAAAGUCAUCACGCUGCCAACGCCAAAUAUGACCGACUGGCAGUUGCAACUUGAUAGCACUAGCUCUCAAGCGAGGGCCGAUGCUGCGAAUGAACUUGGUAAGUGGGGCAAACAGGCUGCAGAGGCCAUUCCCAAGCUCACCCAGCUCUUGCACGACGAUCGUGAAGUGGCAGGUGACAUGUGUGUUCGAGAUGCUGCAGUCAGAGCCCUUGGACACAUCGGCAGUGCGGCGGCAUCGUCUGUGCCAGAGAUUCUCAAGCAGCUGCGGCGCCGAAGCACCAGCAGCUUUCGGGAACCAGUUGCAUUUGCCUUGGCGAAUAUGGGCCAACAAGCCCCCGAAGCAGUCUUGCCCAGCGUGCUGGAGGCAUUGCAAGCUUCGGAGUGGUACGUUCGCUGGGUCGCUGCCAGCGCUUGUGGCCUGCUGGGCGAGAAGGCAGUUGCAUUUGUGCCACAGCUACGCCAACUUGCCAAGUACGAUUCCGAGCCGAAGGUUCGCACUGUGGCAGAGAAGGCCCUGGACUCAAUCGAUAAGGCCGGUUUUCCUGCCCUCCCUAUCCUCUCCAAGCAAGUGAGCUGA